GCUGGCCACAGGUUUGUUCAAACCUCCUGUUGCUUUGACCUCUUCCUGUACAUAUCAAACUCACGUAGCACUCAUUCUAGCACGUGAUAUGCCGCAAUGCUAGACGAGAAUCUACCCACUUUCUUUCUGAAGGCCACCGACAAAGCCAACAAGCACCAAGAAUCCUUUCUCUUCACCCAGAACGGCUCUGAGCCCGAAGCGCAAUAUGCGCUCAAUCACGUUGACCCUGCCUCGAACACAGCAAAGAACACAUACGCGGUAGCCCUCUACGACUCGCACAACCCAGACAUCCUCUUUGGUGAAGUGUUGGCAAAGCCUGGCUGGUCACAUCCGACACUCUCGCAGGAAGAGAUUCGCAAGAAUGGCGGAGUACCACCUCCGCCUGAGCCUAUCUUCCCUGAUCAAUUCGCCAUCCAGCUGUACAACCCUGAUACGCAAAUUAUAGUCAAGGAGCAGAAGUCGAAAUGGAGCGGAACGCAGAGCUGGGAGUUCAGCAUACCGCAGGUGACUUUCCGCACGCCAAGUGCCUCGACGCUCGACCGUACGCAGAACGACCCCGGCACUGACGCGAACACACCACGGGUAAACUUUGUCUGGCGGAAGGAAGGCAGAUAUGGCAAGGACAUGACGUGCUACUUGACGGGCAAGUCAACAGACUUGGUGGGCAAGAAGGCCAAGAAGAGCAAAGAGCCCGACAUUGCGGUGGCUUUGUUCACGAUGCUGAAGGAGAUGACCAUUAUGGAACCGAAUCUCUACCGCAUCGAGAUCGAGGACUAUAAGGGACUGGAAGUGGUGCUAUUGCUCAGCGCAGCAGUCAUCAGGGACAUGUUCAUCAACAACCAGCGAGAGGCCUUCCACAUCGUCGACCCCGUCGGUCGCAAGAAUAGCGGUGGCAUUCUGACACGAAAGGCUUCUUCGCCGCUCGUAGGACCGGGCAUCACUCCGCCUAUGAUGACGCCGCAGCCUCCUCCGCCACCUCCAUACACCGGCCCAUCACAAUACCCGGCUGAAAAGGUAGCACAAGCUUCUACAGCCGGAACUCAGGCUGCUGCCGCACCUACUACAGCACCCUUAGCCAGCUUUGCCAACCAUGCUGCGCAGCGCUCAUCCCUAUCCCCUCUACAGACACAGACUCAGCAAACACCUCCUCGACACCAGCAAUCGCCUCCUCGACACCAGCAAUCUCGACCUCAACAGCCUCAGCAGCCAAUUUCACGACCACAACAACGUCUACAAUCCCAGCAGAAUGCUGUACAUCCACAACGACCGCAGCAGAGGACCGCUCAGCGCCCGCAACACCCCACGCAAGCUCCACCGCAGCAGCCCCCACGCCUCGACCCACGUGCACAAUGGGAGAUAGAUGCAGAGACAGCUCGUCUGAAAGCUGCAGUCGAGGCUGAGGCUCGCAAGCAGAAGAAGCAGGAAGAGGUUGCUCGGAAGGCGCGCCGCAAGGCCGAAACUGAGGAAGAGCGGAAGACAAUGCAGUUCCUUGAGAACGAACGCAAGUCCAAGGAGAGGGAGGAGAAGGAGCGUCGGCGCAAACAGGCAGAAGUAGACAAGGAGACUGAACGUUUGCGAAAGCAGUUUGGUGAUCAGUCAAAUCUGAUGGGCUCGCAGCAACAGGCGCGCCCACAACCACAACCUCAGCGUCAUUCAGCGCCACACGUCCAGUUCCAAACCCAAAGACCUGGUCCAUCCCGGCCGCAGCAACAUCCCGCGCCGGUGCCUGCGCAACCCGUGUUCGCCGCAGGGCCUUACUUGCAGCCUGGUGGGCAUCGACCCACAGCGAGCGCGAGUAGCUUCUUCAGCACCGGGCUGCCAAAGCCGCAGGCGGGGCAAGCACCCAUGAAGGCCAAGAAGAGUUUCUGGGGACUGAGGUCAAGCAGUGAGACCAACGCAGAGAAGUUGAAGAAGAAGAAGAGCAGCAUGUUUUAGGCGAUGAUGACUGGCUCACAGUCAGGGCAUAUGCAUUACCGGCGUUCCUGGAGAUUCUAACCUCAACCUGGGAAUUUUACUUCAUUUCAUAGACGACCACCUUUAUGAUACCACUUUCCAC